GCCCGCCCCCCGCGGAUCGGAGCGAAGGAUUAUGGCACAGGCUCCGGGUUUGGGGAAGAGAUACAUUAAAGCCUUUUUUAAAGGUUUCUUUGUUGCUGUUCCUGUAACUGUGACUUUCCUGGAUAGAGUUGCCUGUGUCGCAAGAGUGGAAGGAGCAUCAAUGCAGCCUUCUUUGAAUCCUGGGGGAAGACAAGCAUCUGAUGUAGUACUGUUAAACCACUGGAGCAUUAGAAAUUAUGAUGUACAGCGUGGGGACAUUGUGUCACUGGUGUCUCCUAGAAAUCCUGAACAGAAGAUCAUUAAACGAGUGAUUGCUCUUGAAGGAGACAUUAUCAAAACCAUUGGAUACAAAAAGAAGUACGUGAAAGUUCCACAUGGUCAUAUUUGGGUGGAAGGGGAUCACCAUGGGCACAGCUUUGACAGCAACGCUUUUGGUCCUGUUUCUCUUGGACUCCUACAUGCCCGAGCUACGCAUAUUCUCUGGCCUCCACAUCGCUGGCAGAAGUUACAGCCAGUGCUACCUCCGGAGCGCAAACCACUCCACAGAGAGCAGGAGUGAUCUGAAUGUUCAGACAGGAAAGCACUGACGCGAAGUUCAGCCAGAAGGAGUUGCAGUGGUUAUACCAUGACCUCUAAGACCUUUGCCAAGUGCUUUGACAUCAGUGUCAUAUCAACAAAUACGUGUGACAUCUUAAAGUUACAAUGCGACCAGAAAGUCUUCAUGUUUCUUUUGUUUGUUUGUUCUAUUGUUUGAUGGGUUUUAAAUUUCUCCAACAUUAGGGAAUUGUAUAUUAAUUCAGUUUGAAAUAAUUGAUUGUAGAAGGACUUAAUGUUCAUUUUUUUUUCUGGAAGCAGUAACAUGCUUGGCUUACUUGUGCUUCUCUGGACAAGAAACUAUUAAAACUUUCAAUAAACUAUUUUGAUCUUUUACAUUCAGCUUGUCGCUUUUGUAACUGCAUGGAAACUUUAUUAAUAUUUAUUGCAUAUGAAAAAAAAACCCCAAAAAACACCCACAAUAUAUGUACUUUGGAUUGUCCUAUAAUUACUAGUAAUGAAGAAUCAGUACUUCUGUAGGUGAAAAGGUUUUAAUGCAGCUUAUUUCUAUUAUUAAAAUGAACACUUAUUACUCAUUUUUAUUUUCUUUUUCAGACUAAAAUAUUUUAUUUUAUAUAAAUAUUCCUUGUAUAUCUUUCUGAAUUAGAUAGUCAGUCAAAAUGUACAAAUAUUACGAUAUCUGAAGGCAAAGUUUAAUUAAUUUUUCUAGUAAAGUAAAUCUUUGUUAGUACAUGUUGGGUUCCUCUGAGGAAUGGUUUUUCCCCUCAGAGUCCCCCUGAAGCCUGUGCCAUGUAGUUUAACCCUUUUUUCCUAUCAUACCUACUCCUGACCCUAUUGGCUCAGGGCCAAUAUCUUUCCUUGGCACAAAACUAGAUAUACCCCUGUCUCUUCCUGUUCGCUCUCUCUCUCUCCUCACUCUACUGGAACAUCACUUAGAGAAUAAAGCUUGGACUGAAGCUGGGGUGAGAGCCACUCUUUUGAAAUCUUUAUUCUGUCUCUAUGAAAUAUAUUUCCCUAAAAUCCCUGAACAACUGAGCUAGCUAGAGCCUGGGGGGUGGCUGGAGGGAGUAUAUCUCAAGUACUGAUUGCCAUACUUCUUUGAAACUAUGUAAUUAGAUAAGAAAUAUGCAAUUGAUAUUCUAGUAAAUAGUCAAUAUUAUAAAUGUACUCCAUGAAUAGGCAGUAAAGCUUCUGCACACAUGAUAUGUGAAAAUAACUUGGAAAAUGACACAUUUUCAAUGACAAAUCAGUAUGAGCCAGCUUAUGUUCAUAUUUAUCGAAUUUUAUUUCACAUAGGCUAGUACUUAGAAAUUUUAACAAACCACACAAAAAAUCUUUUAACAUUUUCAGCUAAAAAUAUGCAAUUAUCAGAGCUUCAGGGAAGAUUAGUCUACAGCUCUUUGAACACACACAUCUGCCUUGUGUGUUAGAUGAUAGCUUCAAUCACCAUGAAAACUAUCUAUUAACAAUCUAGCUUUCUUCUUAAAUGCCCCAGCGCUGUAGACUCUCUGAAUACUUUAUUGUCCAUGUGUCAGGAUCUAUCUUUGUUCCAAAAAGGUGUUCUACAGGUCUCUGAACACUCUUUCUUAAACUAAUGAGGUUUGUUUCAUUAUUAUGGCAGUAAAUUCAGAAUUGUUCAGAGACAGAAGGAGAAGCCAGGGAACUACAUGUCUAUAAGCCUGUUCUUGUGCUGGGGAAUGUUACGGAACAGAUUAUCUUGAGUGCGAUCGCAUGGCUAACCUGGGGUCAGGCUCAGCUGAUAUGGGUUUAGGAAUAGCAGGUCCUGUUUGACCAACCUGAUCAUAUUUUAUGACCAGGUGACCUUUCUAGUUGAUGACGGAAAAGUUGUGGAUAUUUGCAUGGACUUCAGCAAAAUCUUUGACACUAUUUCCCACAGCAUUCUCAUGGGUAAGCUGAAAGCUCACAGAUUGGGCAGGUGCUCUCUUCACUGGGCUAAAAAUUGUAUUCUUCCAUCUAUAUUUUUCCACUCUUGAUCCUCCCCAAAACAUCCGCAUUUUACUGACUUUGAUCCCCUAAACGGCUCAGAAGUCUGGUGCAGUUCUGAAAUGCUCUGCCCUGCAGUCCACAGCAAAACCUGUAACCGUGGGCAAGACUGCCAGGCAACCCAGCCAGCCUCCCCUCUGAUUCCUGGUGUUAGUCGUACGCAGUGGGGCAGAUCCAGGGGCCUCAGUGCUCCUUCAUAGCUAUGAGGUGAGACUUUCACAGUUUGAUGACUCAUGUAAAAGACAUAAAGGAAUUAAAUUGUGGUGUUAUUUGGCUUUCCACAGCUUCCAUAAUUCCUUUGGGCUCCUUUGUCAGUGAGAAGACUGGCUCAUUAUCACAUAACUUAUACAGGCUAUGAAAGUUUAAAUGUCCCAAGUAUUCAACUGUGACAUGCCUCAAGGAAUAUUUAUUCACCUAUAUUUGCAUACACAUAUUUAUAAAUAUUUAUGCAUUUAUAUGAAGAUGUAUGUAGGAUAUAUAUGAGGAAAUGAUGGAAUAGAGAAUUUGCCCAUUAAGUCUGAAGAUGGUUGUAAAGACUGAUGUAACUUUGGAGGAUGGUAUUAGAGUGCAGUGAUCUGAUUUUGAUAAUGAUGACCAGAGAGUCUGGUGCAAUAAUUACCCAUAUACAUACUGAACUAUGUUAAAAUAAAAUUUAAAUGUUAUAGUGGAUUGUAGUUGAGCAUAAGGCAACAAUAUGCUGAAUAUGCUUUAUAAAGAGCAGUACAGGCUGUAAACACAGCAAAUAAUAUUCUUUCUACAUUCAUGUAUGGCAUGAUUUUAUGAACCAGAUUAAAAAAAAAAACAACAAAAAACAGCUGGAAUAUUUAAAUAUUUAGAAAGACACAAGAAAAAUAUAGAGAAACAAAAAAUAUCACCUAUAAGAAAUAACACCUGAAUCAAUUAAUUUUUAUUGCAUGACUUUAAUUUUAUUUUUUUCCCUUUUUUUUCUUUUUUAAAUCGGGCCUGUUGGAGACAGAAGAAUGGAUUAAGUAGACCUGAGGUCCACAUCAGCUAUUUUAUUCAUUCACUAAUGAGGUCCUCUGUGCCUGGAAAAUUUGGUGGUUCCUUUGAUGUUAGGCAGGCAGUUGCAUUAAUAUCUAAUUUCUUUAGACUGAUAAUUAUGAUUCUUUAGAUUAGAUUCUUUAGCCUAACAGUGUUACAGUACCCUUAUGUACCACAUUACUGUAAUAAGCAUCUAAGGAACCAGUUUCCCGUAAAAUAAGCUAUUUUGCUUCAUACUGUCAUCAUAUUAAUGUGCAUGACAUUUUACAUUAUCAUGUAGGUUGGUGAAUAGAAAUAGCCCAAUGAAAUCAUAAGUAUAACAGAUAAUUCAGUAUCCAGAGCAUGAAGAACAAACCUUUCCUUUCAAAGCAGAAAGGACCAAGAUUGGCACACAUGAGCACACAUUUAAAAGAGUUGUUAUUUAAUUGAUAUAUUUGGGGUUCAAGCUUCAAAUCUGAAAUUUCAAAUGAGAAGCCCGUUCUGGAAGCAAUGAAAUCAGUACCAAAAUUCUCAUGACCAUCAUGAUUAGCCUUCUAAGGCCUCUUCACAGGCUUUCUGGGUUUUGGCUCUGGCUUAUAUCUGUAUAUCUUAUAUAAGGUAUGAUUUCAUGGGAGUUGAAUAAGAAUAAGCACAAGUAAGCAGUAGGAUACUAUGAAUUGAAAGGAUGACAGGAUAUGUUAAAGCUUGGGUUUUUUUAAUGU